AGCUCCAAUCUCUUGUUGCGGAAUUCCCCUAAGGACAAACAAAGAAAACAACAUUUUCUUACAGAUAAAGGCAGAGUAGUAGUACAGUAGCGGAGUUAGUAUAUUGCAACUUCAACGUCUAGACUUUCACAAGAAUCUUCUGUUAUGUUUAAGGAAAUUGUUUCAAUCCUAUUCCCACUAGUGGUAGUAGUGUUGGUUACCAAAGCUCAGGAUAAACAACCAGUAUGUCUAUGUGAAGAAAAUGAAGAUAUAAUGCAACGAAAACACGGUAUUACGGCCACUGUUCGGCAUGACGUGGAAUCUAAAGUAAAGGUAGCUCUAGAAGGAAAGAGUAAAAGAUGGAGAUGGAGAAGGCAUUUCCCUCAUGAUCCAUUCCUGGAGUGUGCACACCAUAGAUGUAGACAUAAUGGUGAUAGGGAUCGCUGUUCAUCAUCUCUUGGUCCUCCUUGUAACAUCAAUUCCACUACAUGUAAGCCCGAGUUUGGCUACAAUUUAAAAGGAGAGCUUCGGUUGAUUAUCCAGUUUCCAGAAAUUGACUUUGAACAAUGCAUAUGGAAGCAUACGUGCGAAAGCCCUAAUGCAACCUGUGGAGAAUUUGGAGCUUGCACACAACACACAGACGUUGUACAUCUUCUUACAUACGACUUCACUUACGAAAGCGUUAAGUGCGAAUCAUUUAAACGAUGCUGCGGUUGUUUCUGUGAAUAGAUCACGUAGCCGGUAGAGGGCCAUCUCUAAAGGUUUAAGCAAAAAUAUGAAUAUUUUGUACGUAUAUUCUGUUUUAAUCAUAGUUUAACACUUAUACGCUCUUCAGUUAAGAUAACUUUUGUAUAACUGUACCAGUCAACAAAUGUGUUUAAGUGAAAUAAAGUAACUGUACCAGUCAACAAAUGUGUUUAAGUGAAAUAAAGUAACUGUACCAGUCAAC